GUGAAAACAGACAAGAAGAGUGAGAGGAGGGUUCCAUUAAAUUCUUUUGCUGGCAACCCCAAAUUUAUUUAUUUCGUUUCAGAGAAAGUUCUGCACAUUUGGUACAGUUCAUGGGCUUCACGUCGUGUCACCUUCUCUCACCAAUCUGCUUCACGAACCCAGAAAAAUGAAAAGGGAAAUUAAAUGGAGAAACCUUGAGAAAAAGGAAUCAUGGGAAAGCCAUGCACUUCACUAAAUAUAUUUACCCGCCACCAACCGGCCAUCCACCGCCACGCCACGGAAACUGCCCUUUCCUUCCCCUUCACUUUCUCCCCCCGCGCUCUUUCAUCCAUUCUGUUUCUUUCUUCUUCAUUUGUCAACUCUUCUGUUCCACCAUCACCUACCUUUAAUGGCAUCCACGAUCAUCCUCCAAACCAAACCUUCCCCUCUCUACUACUACUAUAUCAUUACAAAGCCUAACCCCACUUGUCUUCUCUAUUCGUUCAAUCCCAUUUAGAAAAUGAAGUUCGAAGAUUACUUGGUGGAGCAAGCUGACGAUCAGAAGCAGAAGCAGCAGCAACAACAGCAGCAGGAGAAGAGGAUCAGCCUGGAGCAAGAGGUUGAGAAGCUGCAGGCGGAAUUGGAAACACAGCAGGCAAUAGGGAAGGUGCUGCACUCUGCACUUCAUGGCCCUGUUGCGUCAGCAGCGAAUUCAUCACUUGCCUCGUUGCUUCCUCCUCACGUAAGCUUUUCGGUUCCGAGACUAUUCAGUGGGGGGUGGUUGAUGAUUGAUCACUGAGGAGUUUCUGACAUUGGUUACGAUGUGGGGGCAGGUGCAGGAGCUUCUCUCGGAAAUGGCAAUGGUGGAGGAGGAAAUCGUCUGGCUGGAGAGGAAAGUAGGUGAGUUGAAACUUGGCUUGUACAACGACCGGAAGCUCGCCAAAGAAAGGAAGUCACAGCUGAAGCAGCAACAGAGACGGCAGAAGACAAAGCAUCAGAAGAAUUACUUGCCACUUCCCCCGCCAGCGCCACCGUGCGCACCUGUAGGGGAUCGCUCUGUGAUUAAUGGUGAUCUCUACCAGGUGUCGAAAUCACAGCGCCAUGCGGGUGGUUUCCGAAGGGAGAGGUUCAAGUUCAGAAGAGCUUCUGCUGGUUCUGCAGAAGAACUGUUCUGCAUUCUUCCCACUGCUGCUGCUGCUUCCCCAAGUACGCCCCAGAAGCCUCAUUGGCAUAUUUCUUGAUCUCAACCAGACGUCAGCUGUUGAAGAAACAGGAGAUUCAGCUAUCGUCCCAAAGCAUAGUAUCAUCUCCCACCGCACAAACUCGAAAGGGCCAAAAGCAGCUAUCUCGUCAUCAUUCAACUGUAAACAACCUUCACCGUGUGUUUCUUCCCCUUUCAAUGGGUCGCCAUCUUCGAACAUUGAUCCUUAUGGAAUUAUGCCGGACGAAGACAGUGGUGGUAUCAGAGACAUUGGACCCUACAAGAACUUCAUCCAGAUUGGAAACAGCUCUUUGGAUAUCAGCAGCCGAUUCAAGCAAACUUCACCAGCUGCUGAAAAGCUAAGGUUGUGACUUUGGAUAUGCUUAUUAGGCUGCUGCUGAUGUUCUGAAAGUAAAAUACUAAGUCUUACAAAUCAACUCUCAUCCAUUUUCUUCUCAGGGAUCUGGUGCAGAAAUUGGGGAAUGUUGAUUUGACGUUCUUGACAUACAAGCAGAAGUUGGCGUUCUGGAUCAAUAUCUACAAUUCCUGUAUAAUGCAUGCAUUUCUAGAACAUGGACUGCCUUCCUCACAGGAGAAACUGUUGGCAAUCAUGAACAAGGCUGCAAUCAACGUGGGAGGAAUGGUGUUCAAUGCUCUGGCUAUAGAGCAUUUCAUUCUCAGGCAUCCAUGUGAAGCAAGCUAUGUAAGUAGAUAAACUGAGGAAUUAAGCAUAGACUCGUACAAUACUUCCACAAGAGAGAUUCAAGUUCAAAAACAAUAUAUAUAGCCUGACAAAGGAUGUCGAUUACACUUACAAAGGGCCCUGUGGACGACAAGGAAAUGCUUCUCCGCCAUACUUAUGGUGUUGGAUAUCCAGAACCGAACGUGACAUUUGCCCUCUGUCGUGGCAACUGGUCGUCUCCUGCAUUGAGAGUAUACACAGCAGACCAAGUGGUGAACGAGCUGGGAAGGGCCAAAGCAGAGUACUUAGAAGCUUCAGUUGGGGUGGUGAGGAGCAAGAGAAAGAUUGUCGUGCCGAAGCUACUGCAAUGGCACAUGCGAGACUUUGCCGACGAUAUGGACUCACUACUGGAAUGGAUUUACAGCCAGCUAUCACGCUCUGGUUCGCUCAAGAGGCUGAUGAUGGAAUGUCUGAAUGGAGGAACCAAAUCUCCAGCCACAAAGAUGGUGGAGAUUCAGCCUUAUGAAUACGGUUUCCGCUACCUGCUGCCUUUCUAAGAAUGAAUCCAAACGAGAGUAGAGAUGAUAGAUAUUGACACAACAAUCAAGACCCUGACUGCUAUUAUAGAGACUGUCAAUACUUAGGUGGUAAUUUCUUGCUGUGCACUCAAGAUCAGCAGAAGUGAACAGCUGAUGAUGUAACUAAAGUUCUAUAACUUCAUUCUAGUUAAUACAGAGAUAAAUAAAGGGUGUGUUCGUUUUG